AUGCAGUCGUACCAGAAAUUCGGCACAUUCGGGUGUCCCAUCGUAAGCCUUUUGUUCGCAAGUGCCGUAGUUUUACACAUUGUCGGUGCCAGUGAGACGGAUGAGGGACGGUUUUUGUUUCACGGUAAACCAUAUCUAAUUUUCCCGGAAACGUCCCCUACUCGUCAUCAACUCAUCGGCGGUAUCGGUAUACCGUUGGGAUCCCCUGAAUCCAUAACCACUGGGUAUGUAAUAAAGGCCCAGUAUUUCUUGCCGAUCAAAGUCAGCGAUUACUUUCCAAACUAUUUGGUUGGAUGGAACGACACUCGAAAAUCUUUGGAAAAACGAGAAGCAGUGACCGUAGCGCCAAGCUCUGAACACUAUGAAGCAUACACAGCCAAAGAUAUCCAGAUCGAUACGGAGCCUCUCCCAGAGAACGCGAAUGAUGACGAGGACAGUGAUGAGGAUGAUUACUUCGAAGAUGGAAAUGAUAGCUACUGGCUGGACGAGGACGAGGAUAAAAAGUAUCAGGCAUUGGAAAAGAUGCUGCCGGAUUCCAACUUGAAAUCCCAGAUGUCCGAAGGGUACAAUGCGGAUGAUUCGCGUUGGAUGACGUACAAAUCGUUGGAGCAUAUCGGACAACAGUACGGCUCGGGAGGCCGAGAGUGUGUUCUGCGAAGCAUUUGCGAAGCUGCCAGUGCACAGUUUACCCACACAGGCGGCGUUUUCGCGGAGUUACUCCACAUAGUUUUCACGCCGUCAACCACUUCGGAACCUCUAUCCGAGCACAGCGACAACGAGUAUCUGCGGGCAGAGCAACUGGGCAAGGAAGGUGCUCCCUGCCAUAUAGUGUUCCAUGAGUGUCAGAACUCGAUUCUGGAUGUGUUCACCGGUAUUCACGAUUCGGCGACGAAUUCUUUGACAGUAGCGCAUGACAAAGUGAUGAAAGCUUUUAUGAAAUAG